AAACCGAAGCCCAGAGAGAGAGGUUUCUGCUAUCGCUGCCCUCCUUCGUAAGAUCACCUUGUGUCCGAAGAUUCAGAUUUUCUCUCCGAAUUACAGGAUUUGGAUAGCUAGAGUAGCAUGGCCGAUGAAAAUUCCUCUGAAAUUGCAAGUACAAGUGAAGGUACCAGUGGAAGUUCAGAAUCAACUGUUGAGCUCAAUGUGAAGACCCUUGAUUCAAAGAUAUAUGCAUUCCUUGUCGAUAGAAAUAUAUCUGUUCCAUUGUUCAAGGAGAAAAUAGCAAAUGCAAUUGGUGUCCCAGUUGAGCAGCAACGACUAAUUUUUAGGGGAAAGGUCUUAAAAGAUGAUCACCUCCUCUCUGAGUACCACCUGGAAGAUGGGCACACACUGCAUUUAGUAGCAAGACAGCCUGCCCAGUCACAGCCUUCCCCUGGAACAGGCUCUGGAGAAACCAAUGGGAAUAGUGACAUUCAUGGAAAUGAUGGCAAUGCUGGCGCUCCACGUAACCAGGUUGGACAAGUUUCACAUAGUGUAGUUCUCGGAACCUUCAAUCUUGGGGACCAAGGUGAUGGAGUUGUUCCUGACCUUACUCGGAUUGUUGGGGCAGUGCUGAGCUCUAUUGGACUUGGGAACCAGACUCUCACUGCUGGGACUAACAAUGUGCUGCCCAAUAUACCAUCUGAUGCUUCUGGUCAGGCCUCCCAAGGUGUUGAAACAGAAGGAACAAAUACUUUAGGUGCCAGGAGCCAGACAAGAAAUCAAGUCCCUUCUAUGCAGACAUCUUUGAAUCACUCAUUCCCAUCUCUGCCUCAAUCUUUGCAAUUCCCUAUGACAGGGGGCCCCUUACCUCUUCCUUCACUUCGUGUGCCAAUUCCUGAUUCAUUGAUCACUCUUUGUGAGUUUAUGAACCGCAUGGAGCAGGCAUUAUCACUCAAUGUAUAUCAAUCAAAUCUUUCACCUUCCUAUGUUGGAGAUCCACUGAGGGAGGUACCAUCUGAUACGAGGGGAUUGCCAACUCCCCAAGCAUUAGCUAUUGUUGUUCGACGAGCACAACAACUUCUCAGUGGUCAUGCUACGUCUGCACUUGCUCAUAUUGCAGGACGUUUGGAAGGAGAACGAGCUUCUGCUGAUCCUGCCAUACGCAGCCAAAUUCAGACAGAGUCGGUGCAAGUAGGACUAGCAAUGCAACAUUUAGGUGCUCUGCUUUUAGAACUUGGUCGCACAAUGCUGACACUGCGUAUGGGGCAGUCACCUGCUGAAUCAGUUGUGAAUGCUGGCCCUGCAGUUUAUAUAUCUCCAUCCGGGCCAAAUCCUAUAAUGGUUCAGCCGUUUCCUUUUCAAACCAGCUCCCUUUUUGCUGUUCCUGCUACUUCUGCAAAUCAAGGAAACCUAGGGACGUUUGGUCCUGGAGAUGCCCCCAGAAACGUAAACAUUCAUAUACAUGCUGGUGCAGCGCUUGCACCUGGUGCUUUAUCAGUUGCUACCAGGGCAUCCACUGGGGAACGCAAUCAAGGAGAACGUCCUAAUGGGACAGGCUCAGGUGAUUCAGGUCCUGCACGGGUACUGCCUGUGAGAAAUAUUGUUGCAGCAGCUGUUCCAUCCGGUCAUGUUCUAAACGUUUUCGACCCAAUUCAUGCAAGAUCUCAGCAGGCAAACCCUGUUGUUUCAGCUCCUGGACAAGGUUCUGGUGUGAGAGUAUCUAAUGCAGCACAUGCUGCUGGUUCAGGCCUUUCUGUUUCACAGCCACCUCCUGAAUCACUAUCCCUCACUAAUGCUGUGGGUGAAAUAAAUGCACACGUUAGAAAUCUUGUUGAUAAUAUGAGGAGUGAAAAUCAAGCUCCAUCAGGCCAAUCAGAAGCUUCGACAAUUGAGGGUUCAUGCAGUGGAUCUGGUGCAGGAGAUUGUCCGCAGGAAUGCAUGGUUGCUGAUGAAGCUCAUCAGGCCAAUGUAUCUGGACGUGAUAGCAUUUCUGAAGCAGAAGGGCAGCCGAUAAAAGCUGAGAAAUUUGAUGACUACCAUCACCAACUUGAGUGCCGCCAUUCCAGUAACAAGGAUGGUAGUAGUGGUGGUUUGAGUUCCAAAGAAGCACCAGGGACCAGGUCUGUAGGAGGUUCUUCAUGCUGCCCAAGCGGAGAAUCAACAGUUCCCUUCACAUCGGAACUUGUUUCAGAGAAUGUGACAGGAUCAAGCCAGAGACAUGAUCCUACUAAGGGUGCUGAACCUGUUCCUUUGGGAUUAGGUCUUGGGGGUUUGAGACCCAAGAGACGAAGCAGGAUGGUAAAAUCACAAGGGAAGGAUGCUGGGGGAACAUCUAGUGCACCUCCUCUCAAUCAGAAUCAAGAAACAAUUGCCAGUGGGCAACAACUGUUGCAGUCUCUUCUGUCCCGGGGCUCGAAUGCAAAUAGGUCUGGCACUACUGGUACUUCUGUGGGACAGCUGCCUUCUGUACUAGGACAGAUUAUGGGGAGUAUGCCAUUAGAAGGGCAAGGUUCCAAUGGCCAAGUAGAUGCAACUAGUGCGAUGUCUCAGGUUCUCAACAGUCCGGCUCUAAAUAGUUUAUUGGCUGGGGUGUCGGAACAAGCAGGGAUUGGUUCACCUGGGGGCUUGAGAAAUAUGUUGGAGCAGUUCACUCAGAAUCCAGCAAUGAGGAAUACACUUGAUCAGAUUGCCCAACAGAUUGAAAGCCAAGAUAUUGGCAACAUGUUUUCAGGGUCGGGUACUGGCCAAGGUGGUGGCAUGGAUUUGUCAAGGAUGCUUCAACAGAUGAUGCCAAUUGUGUCCCAGGCUCUUACUGGGAGUUCAACCCGGCCAGAAUCUUUACGCUCUGUCAACCCUGAACAGCAGCCACAGUGUAACGAGCGGAGGUCAUCUAGUGAUGGCAGAUCAAAUGAUUGGAGUUCUGAGAUUGACCUCCAGCAGGCUGCACUGAGGAUUGAGCACAGUGAUCCAUCUGCAGAUGUCUUCCAUUCUGUGGUUGAAAAUGCUGUCCGGAUGUAUAGCAAUGGAAAUGAUUGUGAAGAUCUUGUAGAAGAACUUUGCAGCAACAGCGAUCUAGCUAAUGAAUUUAUGGAGAUGCUACACCGCAGCAUCAGUCGGCGACUUCAGUUGGAUUCUGGAUCUGCAGACUAACCACCUUGUCUAUAUGGUAUAGGUGUCAGUUGCUAAUACUUUAAGCUGCAACCAUUAUUGUGAAACUCUUGGACUCCUUUUUUUUCCUGUGUUUUUUAUUUUGAUAUGCACCCUCUCAGUUGAACAGCAACUGUGAGUUCCCCCUUACAAGGCCAUAGUGUAUGAGAUAAAAUAUCAGACAGAUUAUCCCCAAAAUGUAAGGGUAGUGGAGGAAAGAA